AUGUCUACCAAACCAGUCUUGAAGCUGUCGACUCCGGUCACAGCCAACUUCCCCAAUAUUCCCCGACCAACAGAUGAGCUCCGCUCCGCUGUGACACUUCCUUCGGCUCUAUCAGACCGUACUCCUCUGUCUGCCAUCUCGCGAACAUCAGCUUUCCGCGAUCCUCUAUCGGCACUUCCUUCAGCAGGCCUUCGCUCCGCUGGGCCAUUUAGCGCAACCCUCAAGAUGGAUCACGAUUUCCAAAAGACACCCAUUACACCACCAGUCGCAUACCUCGACUUUCUCAAGUGCAUGCAACUCGUCUCUCCCAGUUUUGCCUCGCCACCGCAAACAGGAAAGGCGCCUCUGAACCGGACGAGCACCGCCAGCAGUCUCAGCACCAGCAGUACCAGCAGCAAUGAUUCAGAGUCUUCGAUCGAUUCGGCCACUACGGACGGCUCUGAGAAGGAAAAAGAAGAACAGAUGGAGACCGCGCCAUCAACAGCUCGCUCGGAUGUGAGCUGCCAGCCCGAAAUCAAGGUCGAGGCCGAAGAGGAGGAGGACAGGGAGAAUGCCGACAACGAGAAGCAAGGAAAAUCCAGACCUGCGCCCAUCACCAUCUCUCAACCUCCGACUCCCCACAGCUCGCUCUAUCCGAUGUCAGCCCCAGCUACCGGCGCUGCGGUAUUCCCAAGCACCAAGAUCCCUCCAUCACCCGCCAUCUCUACUUCCGCACUCUACUCCCCACGAACACCACUCAGUGCGGCAUCAGUCCGUUCACCCUUCGACUGGGAGGCUGCGCUAAAGCUGAGGCGAUUUGCCGAGGUUUCUAGCCUCAAGCGUUCUGCGCCAUCUGAUGCCCCUGCCGCGAGCACGCCCACUUCUGUUCCCGCAAAGGAAUCGCGAUCCAGUAUACGCCACAUCCGUGAGGUAGUUACAAGAACCGUGACCUACACACCACGAAUGGCGCCUGCGCCCAAGGGAAAGCGAAGAAAGAUUGACGCCGACACAUCUAUCAAGUCAUAA